GUAUUGGCAGGCACGUGUACCUUCGUGCCCUGUGGAAAGUUAAUCCGAGAACAGACCCUAUUCUCUACGGCAGCAUCAGUAUUUAAUGUCUGCUAGCCCUGUCAGUAACACACAUUCUUUUAAGGGGAGAGAAAAAACGCUUCUGUGCUCCAGUUUUGAAAAGCAAAGACUUUGCACUUCAGAAGCGAUGGGAAAAGUCACCGGUCUUCCUGCUCAAUUAUUUAAGUGCUGCUUCUGUGAUUUCUUGAAGAUAAAGAUGCACGCCAUGUCGUCCUCCCAUCUCUUCUACCUGGCCCUCUGCUUGCUCACCUUCACCAGCUCUGCCACAGCUGGACCUGAGACCCUCUGCGGGGCCGAGCUGGUGGACGCUCUUCAGUUCGUGUGUGGACCAAGGGGCUUUUACUUCAACAAGCCCACGGGCUACGGCUCCAGCAUUCGGAGGGCUCCUCAGACAGGCAUCGUGGAUGAGUGCUGCUUCCGGAGCUGUGACCUGAGAAGGCUGGAGAUGUACUGUGCUCCCCUCAAGCCUACAAAAUCAGCCCGCUCUAUCCGUGCCCAGCGCCACACUGACAUGCCCAAGACUCAGAAGUCCCAGCCCCUAUCCACGAACAAGAAAAUGAAGCCACAAAGGAGAAGGAGAGGAAGUACAUUUGAAGAACGCAAGUAGAGGGAGUGCGGGGAACAAGAACUACAGGAUGUAGGAAGAGCCUCCCGAGAAGCAGAAAAUGAGAUGUCACCGGCAGGAUCCUUUGAUCUGCAUGAACCGCCUGCAAAACAUUGGAAAAAAAACCUACCAAACAAUAAUACGUUCAAUAACAUUUCAAAGAUGGGCAUUUUCCCCCCGUGAAAUAUACACGUAAACAUUCCAAUAUUGUCUUUAGGAGUGUUUGUUAAAACAAACAAACAAACUUUGCACCUUGCAAAAAUGGUCCUAGAGUGGGUAGAUUACUGUUGAUCCUUUAUCAAUAAUGUUCUAUAGAGAAAAAUAUAUAUAUAUAAUUAUAUCUCCUAGUCCCUGCCUCUCAAGAGCCGGAAAUGCAUGGGUGUUGUAUAGAUCCAGUUGCACUAAAUUCCUCUCUGAAUCGUGGCUGCUGGAGCCAUUCAUUCAGCAGCUGUGUGGAAAUGGUUCAUGAGUUACUCUCCUUGUUUUCACUUUCCCCCACAUAGCUCAAGCUGCCUGUUUCACAGAGUCCAGUAAUCUUGUCUGUCCAUCUCCAGUAGCCCUGCCCCGUCCCUGAGCUAUGGAUUUGUUAAAUUCGGCCUCCUCAAAAGCAAUAGCGAGUUAAGUAGCCAACCGGCCCACCAAGUUUUAACCCACCCGAUUCCAUCCGUGGCAUUUGUACCAAAUAUAAGUUGGAUGCGUUUAUUUUAGACACAAAGCUUUAUUUUUCCACAUCGAGUUACGGCAAAAGAAACAGAAUGACGGUAAUUGCAGCGUUGAGGCCAAUCAGUUCUAGGUGUGUGUUUGGAACAUAGGACGUCUCUUCCGCUCUCGAUGGUUCCUUCAAAUGAUAAGUUAGUCUGUAACCUAAUUAGCAAUUUCUCUUUUUAUUUUUUUCCAUAUAGAGCACUAUGUAAAUUUAGCAUAUCAAUAAUACAGGAUCUAUCAAACAGUAUGUAAAACUCUGUUGUUGUUGUUGUUGUUUUUUAGUACAAUGGUGCUAUUUUGUAGUUUGUCAUAUGAAAGAAUCUGGUCAAAACGGUAAAAGGUGAAAGCAAAGCCAAAAUGAAAGCCUGGAGCCUAAGAUGACAAAAUUAGGAAAGGAACUAAAAAAGAAAACAAAAAUCCAUCCUCUUGGGAGAUGCAAAGGCCUCCCCAGCUAUGCCUUCCAAGAGGAAUUUAAGAUAUGAAGCCCACGAAGACACAUGUACUCAGUGAGUCCAGAGAGGACGCUGUGGAGUGUGAGAAAAGCAAGAGGCUAGGGAUUUUUCGGAGUCCUGGUUUCUUUUUAAUCACUGAAGAAAUAAGUAGUUGCAACCUCUGCCACACAGACUCACACCUUGUGACCUUGGUCAAGUCACGCCAACUCUUGGUGCCUCAGUUUCCUCAUCUGCAAAAUGGGGGCAAUAUGUAAUCUACCUACCUCAAAGGGGUGGUAUGAAUAUUAAAAACGAGAGAUCUUCAGAUUUUUCCUCUGGGUUUCCAGGAGGGUGUAACACCAGAGCCCUUGAAUUGCUGGGAUACAAGGAAUGCUGGGACUAACCCAUUGACAAAGUAGCUCCGUGGAUUAUCUGCCCAUCACUGCGAGGCUACUAUGCUAUCCAAGUGCUGACUGGAGAAGCUGUCCAAUGACCUAGCGGAGAACUAACGACUCCAUCUCUCCAACACGAAAAAGUAAGAGACACUUGAUUUACAAUUUGAUUUUACUUCUGCCUUGAAUGUACGCAUAGAAAGAUAAGUAAAAAGACAGAAAGAGGGAGAAAGAGCGAGAGCUUGGCCAAUCAAAGACCAUUCUACUUGUCCACUCGCAUUCAACCUUUCAGGCACUUAGCAUCUCGGAAUAACUCUAAUAUUAUCAGUGAUAAUCUACUCAGUUUGAAAACCACAUUUUCCUUCCCUUUAGCAUAUAAAAACAGGCCCAAAUAUUCUUAAGUUUUGAAAUAAUAUCUAUUAAAAAAAUCACAAGUUACUUUAGUGGACAUAGUCCUAUACUCUUGAAUGUAUAUACACUUAUUUUAUUUAGUGAAAAUGUGCUGGCCAGACUGCUAAUUGAGAGGCAAAAAUUUUUCUUCUCAACCCCAAGGUUCUCCCUAGCAUUGCUUAGACGGAAGAAUCCAGCUUCCUGCAGGUGUAUUGUAUGCAUCCAACUGGGCAUUGAUAAUCCCCCACAAAAACCCUAGAAAGUGUUUCCUAUUUGUGGGGCAAGAUUGUCUCCUUCUUUAGAACAAAAAAAAAAAUAUUCAAUGCUCAGAUAAUCUUAUUGUCUGUAGCCUUUUCCUCAUUUCCAGACUUCCUUAAUAUUCUUAUAAAAUGUUUAAGAAAAACAAAUAAACAAACAAAAGACAUUUUUACUUUUCCAUCUACUGGGUUGCCCCGAGAUUCUCUGAAUAAGUGCAGGAAGCGCUGUUCAGCAAAGCCCUCAGAAAGCUUGGCGUGCUGAACGUGCCCUACGCACGACGGAGAGACGUCAAUGGAAUAGACCAGUUUUGCCAUCUUCCUGUUUCCCAAAGGUGUGGUGGGAAAAGUUGGACCCUCCCACGCCCACGGUAGCACUCCUAGCAUUGGCUCUUGUUUUCAGUGUGUUCCUUUUAAAAUUAGUGAUUCCCAGAAAACCUCAUAGGCAGUCUUCUACAGAUCUAUGGGCUUCCUGCCGUGGUCGGAUGUGGGGAUUCCGAGUGUCUGCCGCAGAUUUAGUUCAUUUCAUUCUAUACACAGUUGAAAAAUCUCUCAAUGAUGAAAACUUAGAUAUGCAAUCCUUUAUCCGAUACCUAAUUCUCUCCAACUCAAUCAGAAAUCAACUAAUAAAAGUUAAUUCUACUAACAUAUCAUUAUACUCUCAAACAGAUGAACUUGAAGAUAAAUGUAAGAUUAAUGAACUGUACGAUAAAUCUACAUAAACUCUGAAAGCCAACCAAUGAAGCAGAAUGAUUCAAGACUGUUAGGAAGAGACACUUGAGGUUUGACAACUCUAAACUUCCGUAGCUUUGCUACGAAGUUAAACUGCUUAGUGUCUAGACACGGGACAACUUUAAGAGGUUCACAAAGGAACAAUAAAGAUAGGAAGGAAGGAGUUUUCAUUUGAUAGGCUUAUUCCUGAUUUAAUUAAAAAAGACUCAGUACUUAGUCAAAUUUUAGUCUUAUUCUCCAAAGAGUAUCAAUUGUUUGAACAUUGUAAGAUGAGCCAGUCCUACAGAAAAAUUGAGUGCUUCUUUCCAUUAUAGUCUGCUUUCCUAGGGUAAAAAAUACAUUCUUAAUACUCACCCUAUAUGCAUGUACCCUACACACACGCACCCACACGCGCGCACACACCCACAAAUACCUACUUAUCAUAAGAGACACCAAAACGGAAUAAUAAGAAGAAAUCAUUCUCUUGAAAAUCUUAUUUUUAACAAAAGCAGCCCUGUCCCCUUGCAACUCCUUCCCCUUCUUGGACUGUUGAUGCAAAACAUGGAAAUGUCUGUGUAGAUGAAACCAUCUCAUACCCCACGGCUCCAGGAUUUCUGUUAUUGGUUUGUGCACUUGGGAGGGUAUGCGGGAGAGAGCACGUGGCAGGUUUUGCUUUCCCAUUUAUUGUUUGGCCAGCUAUGCCAAUGUGGUGCUAUUGUUUCUUUAAGAAAGUACUUGACUAUAAAAAAAAAUGAAAAAAGAAAAAAAAGAAAGCAUAGACAUAUUUUUUUAAAGUAUAAAAACAACAAUCCUCUAGCUAGAUGACGUAAUAAGAUAGUAUUAGAUCUCGCCACCACCUUUCAACUCUGUGUUACUGUGAGUUUGGGAGUUCAGAGACAGAGGAUGGGAAGUGUUUAAAGUUAGAAGGCUCCAUUAUUUCACUGGCUCUCAAAAUCAACAAAAUUAGCAAUAUUUUACCCAAUCUGAAAUGUUGGUCAAGAGUGUGGAGUAAAAGUGGGAGGAGAAAAAGAACUUGAGGCAAAUGGCAGCAGAGGGUGACGUUCCCUCGUGCCUUUCUAUAGGUUGUUUGGGUUUGUUGUUUAGUUUUGGUCUUGAUUUUAGUUUGGUGUGUGUGUGUUUAUGCACAUGUGUGUGUGUGUGUGUGUGUGUGUGUGCGCGCGCUCCCCUCAGAAACAAAUACUCAGAUAGCAGAGAAAAUAAAAACGGAGGUUUUAACAACAUAGACGUACCUAUUUGUAGAAACACCUUCUGCCAGGUCCUCUGGGGUGCACACUGAUUCCUGGUUUGUAGAGGAUGCUCUUACGUCAGACAGCUCAGGGAGUGGCCGCUCUCCUUGAGGCAGCCAUGGAUCUCGCUGGGGAAGGUUAGAAACUAGUUCCUUGUGAGGUGGGAAUUAUCUACCGACAGAGAAAGAAAAGAACUCAUGAGAAAUUUUUUUGAAGAAGAUGGCUAACAGUCUGUGAAGAUUUUGUUCUGUUUUGUGUUGGGUUUUGGUUUUCACUUUUUACAGUCUUUAUGAAUGGAAAGCUUAACGUUCAAAAGUGACUCCGUCUUUUUCCUAUUUCAGAGCAGAAUGGAAGGCAAUAAACUCACGUAGACUCUUGGUAGGCUAGCUGGAAAUGUACGGUUUGAUGGAAGGCGUAAAUCACAAUCCCACACCAGUUUGGAAUUAUGAUUUAUAGAAUGGUUAUUUAUUUAAGGGGGCAAAACUUACAGAGCACCGUCCCUGACAACAGCCCUCUGCGCAAUCAGGAAGGGAGCCUAGUCACCGGAAGUGGAGCCGGAAGCCUGAGAGAAAGAGCGCACAUGGGCAGGCGCUCUCUGAGGAAAGAGGCCGCUUUUUUAAAGGAGAGAAACCACGCCCCAGUGGGCUGGUAUCUCAGCAGCUAUUGGCUGGAGGAGCAGAGGAGCUCCCGCAACAUUUGACUUAUCGAAUCAGACUAUUUUAAGUGCCCCUUUCUAUUUUCGAUCCUGGAAAGAUUAUCUUAAUGUAUUAGAAUAGGCCCUACUUGGCUCUUCUCCCGAGAAUGAGCAUUCGCGCUCAAAGCACAUGGCUUGCCCCAUGUUUUCAAAGAUGAAUGAUUAAUAUUAAGGAAUUAUUUACCUUAAAAUACAGUAGAAGUGUGAGUCUCUGUCCCCACUCCCCCACAAAGGUCAUGAAAUUCUGAAUCUGAGGGGGGAAAAAAAAACCUAAGGGAAAUUUUUGUUGCUUGUUUUGUUUUCAAGGCUAGUGCUUAGCCCUGUAGUACGUGUUAGCCUACUGCUAUUGUGAUAUUCCAUAAGACUUUCCUGUAGGUAUUAGAAAUUGACAUAUAGAUACCGUCUUUGUGUGCUUCCCAUUUAAAAGAAAAGAGACAAGACUGUCUGAAGCUUAAGUGCAUAUGGUACAUGACACCAAUUUAAAUAACCACGUCACAUCUGAGACAAUCCUCUCUUUCUUAUCAUUUUAAGGAAAACUUCCCCAGAUAAGACAGAGGCCCAGGGGACUUUGGAAACUGUCUUUGUUCCUCCAAGUCCUGUUUGUCCUCCCUAGUGACUGCCUCAGAAUUUUACAUAGGCUGGCCAGCCAAAUCCAGCAACCAAAGGACUGCCUUUCCAAACACAUUUCACUUGUUCCCUUCUCAUGGAUGAUUACGUUGACUUCAAACAUAAUUUCUCUCUCUGUUUUUUUUUUUUUUACUCUGUCACUGAGUUGGGUUUUUAAGGAGAAAAAAAAAUCAUUAACAAAGAAUGAGAAAGAAGACAAAAAUCCAAAUGUCACUGCCCAGUUGAAAUAGGAGCUAAAAUGGAAUACUUUCUCCUACCUGAGACCCAGGCUAAAUCACCUUCAGCAUGACCUUUCGCAGUCUUUAGAAUUGGCCUGUGUUUAAAUUGCCUGAGCCUAAAAGCAAGCGUUGUUCAUUUAUUUUCCUUUGUCCAAAAUGCACUGUGUAAAGUACGGCAAUAAGAGAAGAACUCUAAAAAACGCCUUUCCGGGCGCCCCCGACUCCACUGCCCAGCUCUUCAGAGUCUCUUCUGCUCAUCUUCUGAUCUCGUUGUGUUUGAGUAUUUACCUUGUACCUACUGCAAAACACCCUGCAGGGGGACGCUGAAACCUCGAGCUGUCUCUUCACAACUCUUCUCUGUGUCUGUGUACCAUGAAAAUGUCUAUUUAAAUUAUCCAGUUUCUGAACACCAUGCCGUCUAUAGUCAAUUUACGGGAAAGCUCCAGAUUAUCAUAUCGUAUCAGAUCUCUGUUGGUUAAAGUGCUAAUGAGCUAUGAGAAUUUGGAUGACGUCAUGUAUUUUUGCUUCAUUUAUUCUUAUCACACUUAGCAGCCAAUUGUGAUAAUUAACUUACAGGCAUUGAAUUAAUUUUCCUCCUGAAGCCGGAAAGUAAUAAUUGGUCGUUCAUUGUAUCUCUUUUAUUCAAAAACAUCUUCUAUCAAAUUAAUCCUGAUUGUGUUUGAAAUGAUUAUUACUCAAUUCAUUUAUGGCGAAACAAUAUCAGUCCUAACGACUUCUAGACAUGUAACUAACUGACUCAUUAUCUUACAUUUACUGUUUAGCAAGCAUAUUUUGAAAAUGUAUGGCUAGAGUGUCAUAAUAAAAUGUUAUAUCUUUCUUUAGUAAUUACAUUAAAAUUAAUCAUGUUUGAUUAA